GAUUCAUGAUGUUGCAAACUGAGGCUUGUACAUUUGCCUCUCUUUGUUCAAGCUGAUCAACUGAUGUGAUAGUAGAACAUUUGGAGAGAAUCCUAAUGCCAUUUGGUAGAAAAAUAUGAGUGGGUCAAAGCCAGACAUCCUGUGGGCUCCUCAUCAUGUGGACAGAUUUGUUGUUUGUGAUUCUGAACUUUGCCUCUAUCGUACUGAAUCAGUAGGAAAUUGUGAAGCUAAAGCUGGUUCUUUGAGACUCUCAGAGGACACCACAGCUACAUUGCUGGCGAUUAACUCUGACACUCCCUAUAUGAAAUGUGUUGCUUGGUAUCCUAAAUAUGACCCAGAGUGUCUACUUGCUGUUGGUCAAGCCAAUGGACGGGUUGUCCUUACUAGCCUUGGUCAAGAUCGUAAUUCUAAAUGCAGAGAUUUGAUAGGAAAGGAAUUUGUUCCUAAGCAUGCCCGUCAGUGUAACACACUAGCUUGGAACCCCGUAGACAGCAAUUGGCUUGCUGCUGGACUGGACAAACAUAGAGCAGAUUUCUCAGUACUCAUCUGGGAUAUUAGCAGCAAAUAUACACCAGAGAUAGCUGUCCCAGCAGAGAAGGUUCGUCUUUCUGCUGGUGAUACUGAUGCUGGCCUUGUCGUAACAAAGCCUUUGUAUGAGCUGGGACAAAAUGAUGCAAGCCUCUCUCUUUGCUGGCUCCCAAGAGAUCAAAAGCUCCUGCUGGCAGGCAUGCACCGCAAUCUUGCAAUUUUUGACUUGAGGAACACCAGCCAAAAAAUUUUUGUCAAUACAAAAGCUGUUCAAGGUGUAACUGUUGAUCCUCACUUCCAUGACCGUGUAGCAUCUUUCUUUGAAGGUCAAGUGGCAAUCUGGGACUUAAGGAAGUUUGAAAAGCCAGUACUGACACUGACUGAGCAACCAAAACCACUAACAAAAGUAGCAUGGUGUCCAACUAGAACUGGUUUGUUAGCUACAUUAACAAGAGAUAGUAAUAUAAUUCGCCUGUAUGAUAUGCAGCAUACUCCAACACCUAUUGGGGAUGAAACGGAACCCACCAUAAUAGAAAGGAGUGUGCAGCCAUGUGAAAACUACAUUGCCUCCUUUGCUUGGCAUCCAACAAAUCAGAACCGUAUGGUUGUAGUGACACCUAACAGAUUAAUGUCGGACUUCACUGUCUUUGAGCGAAUAUCACUGGCUUGGAGUCCAACUACUUCUCUAAUGUGGGCCUGUGGAAGACACUUGUAUAACUGCAGUGAAGAAGGAGAAGCUAGUUCUGGAGAGAAAGAUGUUGCUACGAAAAUGAGGCAGCGGGCAUUAUCAAGAUAUGGGCUUGACACAGAGCAAGUGUGGAGAAAUCAUUUGUUGGCUGGAGAUGAUGACCCACAGCUGAAGUCUUUAUGGUACACUCUGCAUUUCAUGAAACAAUAUGCUGAAGAUGCAGAUCAGAAAUCUAUGAACAGAGUGCCUCUCGUAUACUCUGGUAUUAAAGCAAUAGUGAAAUCCAGUGCAGAGAGAAAGACAGAAAAUUAUAAACAUGGCUGGACUGGGUCUGAUCGGCAGAUGGAUUUUAUCAGAUACCAAAGUGAGGAGCGAAGCUUGGCUCUGCAACUUUGUGGCUGGAUACAGAAAGGACCAGAGAUUGAUGUGGGUCCCUUCUUGAAUUCAUUAGAGGAAGGAGAAGAAUGGGAACGUGCGGCUGCAGUUGCACUUUUUAACCUUGACAUUCGAAGAGCUAUAGAGAUUCUAAACAAGGGAGCUGCUUUGGGAAAAGGAGAUUUAAACCUGAAUGUUGUAGCUAUGGCACUGUCAGGUUACACAGAUGAAAAGAAUUCUUUGUGGCGAGAAAUGUGUAGCUCCUUGAGACUGCAGCUAAAUAAUCCUUAUCUAUGUGUCAUGUUUGCCUUUUUGACAAGUGAACCAGGGUCAUAUGAUUGUGUGCUGUAUGAGAGUAGUGUGGCAGUACGUGAUCGAGUGGCUUUUGCUAACAUGUUCCUAAAUGAUACCCAGAUCCUUCGGUAUAUUGAUAAACUAACUAAUGAAAUGAAAGAGGCUGGAAACCUGGAAGGAAUCCUUUUAACAGGCCUAACCAAGGAUGGCAUUGACCUGAUGGAGAGUUACGUAGAUAGAACUGGUGACGUGCAGACUGCAAGCUUCUGCAUGUUGCAGGGCUUUCCAAGUGACGUUGUGAAAGAUCCCAGAGUCCAAUAUUGGAUAGAGAAUUAUAGAAACUUACUUGAUGCUUGGAGGUUCUGGCAUAAGAGAGCUGAAUUUGACAUCCAUAGGAGCAAGUUGGACCCAUUUUCUAAACCUCUAGCACAGGUGUUUGUGAGCUGCAACUUCUGUGGAAAAUCAAUAUCAUAUAGUUGUUCUGCCAUGCCACACCAAGGACGAAGUUUCAGCCAAUAUGGUGUUAGUGGUUCUCCAACGAAAUCAAAAGUCACAAGUUGUCCAGGAUGUCGUAAACCUCUGCCCCGUUGUGCACUUUGUCUUAUCAAUAUGGGAACACCGGUUUCAAGUUGUCUAGGAACUGGAAAGUCUGAUGAAAAAGUUGAUCUCAGCAAAGACAAGAAAUUGGCUCAGUUCAAUAACUGGUUUACUUGGUGUCAGAACUGUCGUCAUGGAGGUCAUGCUGGUCAUAUGCUCAGUUGGUUCAGGGAUCAUCAUGAAUGUCCAGUGUCAGCCUGUACCUGUAAAUGCAUGCAGUUGGAUACAACUGGAAACCUCAUCCCAGCAGAAACAUCCCAGAGCUAAAAGGCACAAAUCCCAAGGGACUGUUUUCUAAUUGUCCUUUUAAAACCUUCAUGUAUACCUUCAGUCCCUGAGCAACCAUUGCUGUUAAGUAAUAGAAAAGAACUUCCAUCAUCUUGGCAGUUUGCCUGAAUGAUUUUUGUGUUGUAUAGCAGAAAUGUAUUUUGAGUGUCAAGUUUUUGGAGCUGGUCCAGUUCAUUUCAAGAUUUUUCUGGAAUUGACUUGAGAUUCUGACCAUCAUCCAGCAAAUGCCCUGGAUGAUAUUGAAAUAGUACUUGAACUUGCCACUAAAAAUGAAACAAUAUUUGUACUUUGUCUCGAACAGUACAGUCAUUUUAACUUGAUGAGAACAACUGAAUGCAGUUUUUCAGAAUGAGACACUUAACAAGUAUUGCUUGGAUUUAUGUUGUAUACAUUUGUAUGUUUGCUUUUCAGUUCUGGGAAAUUAGUAUUAUUGAACAUAGAGGAUAUGCCACUGAAAUAUGGCAUUAAGCAAAUUCAAGAAUGGUGUACUAUUCCAUUAUAAUUUAUUUCACUCCACAAUCUGCUGAAUUUCUACAUAAUUCUAAUGCUGCAAAGAGGAAUAUCUGCACACUGAAGGUGUCUCCGUUACUUCUGUUUCGCACAUCAGAACUGAUCUGUUAAAUUCUCCCUUCCUGUGAUAUUGUUAAAGAAUUCUGAGAUUCAAUCCGUUUUAUUAAAUUUAAUAGGGAAUACCAUCUAUUCAUUUCUAUGCAGAUAUAUUGGAGGCAUACGGUCCUUUACUAAAGCAAUAACUGUUUAGAUAAAUACUAAUUCAUGGCCUAAAAUCAGGUUCAACUUGGCAAUUUAAUUGUUAAAACCUAAUAUGGCCACAGCCAUAAAACUUUGCCAAAUAAAUUCUCUAGUAAUGUGCAAAAAUACUGGACGUAUUAACUUACUUGAGUUGUAAAAAAGUAAUCUGCACACUGUGUAAACUGCAUUUACUGUUCAUAUUCUGAUGUGUGUGCCUAAAAUCAAAGGUGUUCUAUUUUUAAUUGGUCUCAAAUUUGUAAAUAAAGUGUACACAUUUUGUGUUUUCCUUCUACAAAAAAUGUACAGCUUUUCAGAAGUUUGUGGAAGUUGUUUCUGUGCUUUACAUUCUUUUCUCUUUAUUUCAUGUGCAUAAUUUUAAGAAUGAAAUGUCACCUGAUAUGAAAUCAGUAUCUGGAUUCAUGAACAUAAAAUUUAAUCAUAAUGUAGAGGUUCUGACUGAGCUGUAUGGCACUCUAAAAGUGUUUAGAACAUUACAAGCUUUCCAGCCAAAUUUAUUAAAGGCUAGUGUUUUUUUUCAAAAAAAUCUAAACUGAGGGUCUGAUAUCCACCACUAUUGAAAAUCUUUUAAAUAGUCUGACCAUAAUGUAAGUGGAUGACUCUUAAGGGGAGGAUAGAGUUGUUCCCCAUCAAUGAUUAACUAAUGAAGUUAAAAGGAUGCAUAUCAAGUCCAUUCAGGAUGAGGGUGUUGCUGGGCAGAUCAGCAUUUAUUGCCUAUCCUUAACUGCCAAGUAACAAAUCAACCAUGUUACCAAACAUAUGGGAAUCAGAAGUAGAAAACUUGAACUCAAAUUUCACCAUUUGCCACGAUGGGAUGCAAAACUACAUGCCCACAACUUUAACCAGGGAUUCAAGAUUACUAGAGCAGUGACAUUACUACAUCGCUACCACCUUCCCUGCCUCAGUUACAUUGGAUAUUUUGAGAUCACAUCAUGACUACUGUAUGGAAUUUUGAUCUCCUUAUUUAUGGAAGGAUGUAAAUGCAUUGAAAAUGGUCCAGAGGAAGUCUACUAGAUUGGUACCUGAAAUGAGCUGGUUGUCCUAUGAGGAUAGCUAAGGCAGGUUGGGCUUGUUUCCACUGCUGUGCAUGGGGGCUGACCUGAUUAGACUAUGUGAGAUUCUAAAUUGUCUUGACCAGGUGAUAUGACAAAGAUGUUUCCUCUUCUGGACAGAUGCAGAGCUAGAGAACACUAUUUAAAAAAUUUGGAGUCUCCAUUUCCAGGCAGUGAAGUCUCCACCCAACCCCCCACCUCCCAAAAAAAAAAGAGACUUUGGAACUCUCUCCAAAGAUGGUUGAGGUUGGGUCUUGAAUAUUUUUAAGGUGGAGGCAAGCAGAUUCUUGUUAGGCAGGGGAAAUCGAAAGGUUUAUCGGGAUUAAAUGUAAAUAUGAAAUUCAAAAUACAAAACAGAUUAUCCACAUUUUUUGAAAUGGGGAGCAAGCGUGAGAAGAUCAAUGACCUACUAUUCCUAAAUCACAUUUAUGUGUACUUAGGGCGGAUGUUUCUCAGCUUAUGGUAGUAAAAUAGUUUAUUCGGAUACUCAAAUUUUGGUUCUCUAUUAUAUGUGACACUAAUUUCAUGAUCUCAUUCUUCCAUUUUUAAUAUUUUGUCAAAACUUUUAAUUUGUCCUGGUGAAUAUAAAAUAAAAAGUAUACUGUAUGUUUGAA